GCAAGCACGAGAUCAUACCGUAUUGCACAACACAAGAAAACUGCAAGGGCGAUCUUAUUCACCGCGAUAGACUUCUUAUUUGUACAAAGUCUUAUACACACAUCAUCUCCCUUUCAAGCCCUAUAUAAAAUCCUUAUGACACCCUAUGUAUACUGGAUAGUUAAGUCAUUUUUAUAUAUCAUUCACAAAAUCACUCGAACCCAACCUAAUCAUACACCUAACCAAACAUCAUCAUCCUCUCAGAGAAAGCAAUCAUCAAAAUUAUGACAAUAAAAACUUCAACCUCAUUCACCCAAAAGGCCCUCGAUUCGUUCUGGAGUGAUAAGCUCUCAUCUGAUCAAAAAAUCACUGGACUGCCCAAUGUUCUUCCUAAAAACAUCUUCGAACGUCUGAUCGGCGAAACCAAUCUAAGAAGUACAGUGUCUGGAUGUGGAAUCAAUACUUCAUACGAUGCAGCUGUGAAACAAUGCGAAGCCAAGGUGGCAGCAAUUGUAGCAGAAUGCCAACGCAACAACACCAAAUACAGUGACAAUGAAUUUAACCUCGAUGAUAUGGAGUAUUGUAUCAGACCUCUCACAAUUACGGAAUCAGACACAGUGAUUGGAGGAGAGCGUACAAAAUUGAGGUCUUCGAAGAAGUCCAUGACUACGCGGACAGUAAAUACACGAACAGGAACCACGAAGCUGACUGCGACUAAAGUGCGAGAGCCUGCUUGUGCAAAGAGAAUAAAUGAGAUUUUCGAUGCCCCGCAAUUCUUUACUGGUCAUGAACCUCAUUUACAAGAUAUACGACAGGGAUCAGAAGGAGAUUGUUGGUUCCUAUCUUCUUUAGGAUGUCUCGCUGUGGACGAAGCACAUCCACAACUCAUCAACAAACUUUGUCCGAAAAGAGCACGAAAUGAGAAAAUUGGAGUUUAUGGAUUUGUGUUCUAUCGUGAUGGAGAGUGGGUGUCAGAGAUCGUUGACGAUAAACUAUACCUUACCAAUCCCGAUUACGAUGAUUGCGAUGAUGAUAGAAGAUCUGUGUGGGAUCGUUCUCAUGGAAGACUUGACCCGGAAGCUUCUCGCGCUGACUACAAGAAGACUUUUCAAACCGGCUCGGAUGCACUGUUUUUUGGUUCUUGUGCUGAUCCAAACGAAACUUGGGUACCACUAAUAGAGAAGGCGUUUGCCAAAAUCCAUGGCGAUUAUGAUUCAAUCUGUGGGGGUUGGCCCGGUGAGGGUGUCGAAGAUCUUACCGGUGGUGUUACUACCGAAUUUAUUACUGCUGACAUUCUUGAUAAAGAUUCAUUCUGGACCGAAGGUCUUUUGAAAGUCGGCAAAGAUUUUAUUUUCAAUGCCAGUACAAGAGAUUAUAAUCAUCCUGAUCCAGAUCAACUUGGAAGACAAGGUAUCGAAGAUGACCAUGCUUACUCUGUUCUUCGAGCAGUUGAAUAUUACGGAAAUCGUCUUUGCCUCGUGAAAAAUCCUUGGGGUGAGACUGAAUGGAAUGGUCCAUGGUCAGAUGGAUCCAAAGAAUGGACACCAGAAGCACUCCAUAUACUCAAUCAUAAGUUUGGAAAUGAAGGUAUCUUCUGGAUGCCUUACGAAGAUUUUCUCAAUCGAUACGAUGAAAUAUGGAGAACGAGAAUCUUCCAUUGUGAUUGGUUCAAUUGGCAUGUUGCCCAACAUUGGACUACUGUCAAUGUACCUUGGUCCGGAGAUUACAAUGAAACCUCAUUUCAUUUUGAUAUUCCAGUUCCAACCACAGCAGUGAUCGUUCUCUCACAACUUGAUGCUCGUUACUUUGGCGGUCUUACAGGUCAACAUACUUACCACCUCUCUUUCCACCUCCAUGUACCAGGUCAAAAUUCCCAUGUAGUUCGCGGCUACUCCAGUGGUGAUCGUUCUGCUACAACUGAAAUUUUCCUCGAGGCAGGUGCUUAUGAAGUCUUUCUUCAAAUAACCGGAUAUCGCGAUGAUACACUUCCGAAGAUUGAAGAUGUUGUCAGAUAUAAUUGGCUUGAUAGAAGAGAUAAACUGAUUCAAAUUGGGUUGAAGCAUGAUAUGGCCUAUCUUAAAGGUGUGGUUCAAGAGGACAUUCAGAAGAAGGAUAAGAGGACAUCUCUCACUACGCCAGUUACUCUUACCACGCCUUCUACAUUUACACCUCCUACGACUCCACCCUCAACGCCCGCUCCUCCCAUUCCCAAAGAUGCAGCAGGUAUGACCAAAGAUUCUUGGAAUGCCUCGUGUGUUGUAGGUCUCAAGAUCUACACAAAUCAUACAAUAGCAUUGAUUGGACUAGGAAAGGCAGCGGAUGCAGUGAAGGUUGAAAUUAGUCCAGAUUUGGCAAAGAAGGAUCAUGGUAUUCAUCAAGACGAAAAAGAAAACUUUUCGGAUUAAGUGGAAAUUCAAGGAUGAGGGGUGGAGGGAAGAGAUAUUGUUGGGUUGUGGGAGAAAAGGAUUGUGGGACGGAAAGGUAGGAGCAGAAAAGCAGAGAAAGAAAGAAAAAAGAAGGGAGAAGAGGAGAAGGACGUCGAGAGAGCCGACGGAGCAAAUUGAUUGAGAGGGUUAGUGCUUCUCUAGUUAAGCUGAUGAGAGAAUUAAACUUGCUUACGCUAGAGUUUGAGAGCUUCAUCAGAAAAGAAAUGACAUCCAAUCUUGACAGUGACCUGAAAAUCCACUUUGACGAAACAGAUCUGUGGCCGGCAGCAAAAUUCAUAACCAAGAUCUCAUCA